AUGGGCCCAUUAAACAGGUUGGCUUUAAAUGCUGCUUGUGUUGCAAUACUCCCUCCCCAAAAGUUGGUUAAUUCGACAAACUUUUGUGAGAGACUCCUCCAGCGCCGCUACGCUACGCUCUUUGGGCCAAAAGCGUAG